CACACGCUUGGGGUGCAGCAGAGCUAUAAGGGCAAGAGGCCAAAAGGGAGAAAACAAAGUUGCACAGAUAACCGUCUGGAAAGCUGAGAAAUGAGCUCUGCUCAUGAAACAAGAAUAAGGGGGGACAGCAAGAUGGAGCUGAUGAGCUCAGAAACAGAGGACGUUGUUAAGAGAAGCACUCUUAGGAAAUACCAGAUACUUUGUGCGGUUCUUCUAGUUUCUUUGGUGGCUGUAUCCCUUGGACUAGGCUUGGGACUUGGACUAAGGAAAACACGAGAAGAAGAAACAUCCUGGUUGAAAGAAAGUUGUACCUCUUCUAACACAGCUCAGUGUCCAGAAGGGUUUGAUCUGCCACCGCUUAUUCUUUUUUCAAUGGAUGGCUUCAGGGCAGAAUACUUGGAAACUUGGGGCUAUUUACUGCCAAAUAUUGGAAAGCUCAAAACAUGUGGGACCCAUUCAAAGUACAUGAGAGCUGUUUAUCCAACCAAAACCUUUGUAAACCACUAUACUAUUGUCACUGGUUUGUACCCAGAAUCCCAUGGCAUCAUUGACAACAAUAUGUACGAUGUAAAAUUAAACCAGAACUUUUCGCUUUCUUCAGAUACCAAGAAUAAUCCUGCAUGGUGGGGUGGUCAGCCUAUUUGGCAUACAGCAAUGUUUCAAGGGUUGAAAGCUGGCACCUACUAUUGGCCUGGAUCCGAAGCUAAAAUCAAUGGAACAUACCCUAAUAUCUUUAAGGUGUACAACAAGUCAGUUACAUUUGAACAAAGAGUUACAGAGCUGCUGAAGUGGUUUGAACUCCCAAAAUCUGAAAGGCCUGAUUUCUAUACAUUGUACAUUGAGGAACCGGACUCAGCAGGACAUAAAUAUGGACCAGCUCAUGGUGAAACAGUUAAAGCCUUACAAAAGGCAGAUGAGACCCUGGGAAUGUUAAUGGAAGGUCUAAGACAAAGAAAAUUGGACAAUUGUGUCAAUAUCAUACUUGUGGCUGAUCAUGGCAUGGAUCAGACACUCUGUGAGCAGAUGGAAUUCAUGACAGAUUAUUUUGAGGACGUUAAUUUUUAUAUGUACGAAGGACCGGCACCUCGUAUUCGAUCAAGGAAUAUUCCAAACGACUUCUUUUCAUUUGAUUCAGCAGGCAUUGUUAAAAAUCUUACGUGCCGAAAGCCCACACAGCACCUCAAAGCCUACUUGACUCCAAAUUUGCCAAAGCGAUUGCACUACGUUAACAAUAUCCGUAUUGACAAAGUUCACCUUAUGAUGCAGCGGCAGUGGUUGGGUGUGAGAUCUAAAAGCUAUACACGUUGUGGUGGUGGUAACCAUGGCUUUGACAAUGAGUUCAAAAGUAUGCAGGCCAUCUUUGUGGCACAUGGACCAGGAUUUAAAGAAAAAACUGAGGUGAAGCCUUUUGAAAACAUUGAGGUUUACAAUUUAAUGUGUGAUCUGCUUAAGAUUACGCCAGCAGCAAACAAUGGUACACAUGGUACCUUGAAUCACCUACUGAAGGUUCCUUUUUACACUCCAUCACCUGCGAAAGAAGAGUCAGCUCCUUCUCUAUGCCCCAUGAAUUCCCCCGCAUCACCAGAUGUUUCUGGAUGUGUCUGCAGCUUGAUAACAGAUGUUAAUGCAAUAAAUGAAAGAUUGAAGCUCACUGAUGAAGCAAAGAAAACGUCCGAAGCUUCUAAUUUGCCUUAUGGUAGACCCAAGGUCUUACAGAAAGAGAAUACCUAUUGCCUCCUUCACCAGAAUAAAUAUGUGAGUGGAUACAGCCAAAACAUCUGGAUGCCACUAUGGAGUUCUUAUACUGUCAACAAACCAGCGGGAGAUGCAUCUUCUCUUCCUCCCCCUGCUCCAGACUGUCUGCGGCCUGAUGUUAGAAUCCCUGAAGCUCAGAGCCAAAACUGCUCCAACUACCAGCCAGACCUGAACAUCACCCACGGUUUCCUCUACCCUCCCAACUUCAAUUCAACUGCAGAUGAACAAUAUGAUGCUUUACUUACCAGCAACAUUGUUCCCAUGUACAAAGAAUUCAAAAGAUUAUGGGAUUACUUGCAUAAUACGCUACUUCCAAAAUAUGCUACAGAGAGAAAUGGGAUAAAUGUGAUCAGUGGGCCUAUUUUUGAUUAUAAUAGUGAUGGACACUUUGAUUCCCUUGACAUUAUUACACAGCAUGUAGGCAAUUCACAGAUCCCCAUCCCAACCCAUUACUUUGUUGUACUGACUAGCUGUGAGAACCAAACCAACACCCCACUGAGUUGCUCAGGCUCACUGAGUGUCCUGCCCUUCAUCCUUCCUCAUCGGCCCGACAACUCUGAGAGCUGUGGUGAUGGGCAGCCGGAAUCACUGUGGGUUGAAGAAAGAAUUCAGACUCAUACAGCUCGUGUCCGUGAUGUGGAGCUUCUGACGGGUCUGGAUUUCUACCCAGAGAGAAAUCAACCUCUGCCCGAAAUCCUACAACUGAAGACAUUUUUGCCAAUAUUUACAACUCUUUUUUAAUGAGUGUGUGUAAUUUAUUAGGUCUUAUUAAAAUGGUUCCUUCCUUGCCAGUUGGAAAACCCGGAACACAAACCAAUGCAUGUUUACUUGGAAGCAGGGAUGCGAGGAUAUGACAAUUUUAUUUCUUAUUUUUUUCCAAUCCAGUCCACAUUUUGCAACAAUUUGCUAUUUUUCUUUUUAAAAAAGCCUCAUGAAAAUUCACCACAUUUUAGUUCAAACAUUUUUAUAAACAGUUUUAACUCAUGUACACAUUUUGCAAGCAAUUUCCCCUAAUAGAAUGCAUUUUUGUAAACAUUGUUUGGUCGGAGAACUACAAUGGAAAAUUCAGAUAAGGGUGAAUUGGAACGGAUAAGCUGUAUUUCGAUAUUGUUUGACAGAUUGGGCUUUAAAUAAACAAACAAACAAACAUGCAAUGUAUACUGGA